AUGGCGACAGGUAGUGGUUUGUGGGUCCAAGAAUCUGAGCUCCAACACAGAUGUUUUCCCGCACAUGGAUCAUCGGUUGUGACAUGCUUAACCUUCUCCCGUGGCCGGGGUGUCUGGGCGCUGGCUGCAACUGAGGAUACCCUCGUCAGCGGGUCUACGGACCGUACGGUGAGGAUUUGGGACCUGGCUACUGGUCGCUGUACGCACGUUUUUGGCGGUCAUAGCAGCACUGUACGAUGCCUCACCAUUGUCAAACCGGAGUGGGUAGACGUGGAACAAGAGUCUGGAUCCGUGUCAAAGGAGAAGUGGCCUGACCGAUCUGUCAUUGUCACUGGAAGCAGAGAUCACUCUUUGAGGGUUUGGACACUUCCGAAGCCAGGCGAAGAUGAGUACCACUGCUACGGCUCGGAGGAUGCGGACCCAGAUACCGAGGAUGAAGUUUGUGACGCCGAAAAGAAUCCAUACCAUAGGCUACAUCUUGAAGGUCAUGAUGAGGCCAUACGAGCAUUAGCAGCCUGGGGACGUACUGUAGUUUCAGGAAGCUAUGACUACAGUGUCCGUGUCUGGGAUAUAGUCACUGGACAAUGCAAAUUCGUUCUGACUGGCCACACUGGCAAAGUGUACAGUGUCGUUAUGGACCCAGCGCGCAACCAAGCGUACUCGAGUUCCAUGGAUGGAAUGGUUCGUGUGUGGAAUCUACACACCGGGCAAUGCCAACGCACCUUGGUAGGACAUACCUCGCUGGUCGGUCUUUUAGGAAUAUCGCCUUCCUAUCUGGUGUCUGGUGCCGCUGAUGCGACGCUACGUGUCUGGGACCCGGACACGGGCGAGUUGAAGCGUACUUUUUCCGCUCACGCGGGAGCCAUCACCUGCUUCCAGCAUGAUGAGUUCAAGGUUUUCAGCGGUUCUGAUAGUGCACUAAAGUUGUGGAACAUUGGCGACGGUACUAUUGUAAGAGAGUUCAAGUUGUCGACGGGUGUUAUGGAUACGCUACUAUGGAAGGUGAUGUUUGACGACCGGUGGUGUGUUGCCGCAAGCAAGAGGAACGGUACCACAUUGCUCGAUGUAUGGGAUUUUGGAAGCCCCGACGAUGACGGUAUAGAGGUGCCUCCGAAAGGGACUUAGGUGAAGAAGGCGAAAAGGGAAGGGGUCUCGUGGUUCAGUAGGCCCGAGCGCCACUACAGGCAGUCUCUUUCUUCAUGCCUGGUCGUGACCCGUUCUUUUUUGGCUAGGUUCCAUGGUUUUUGGACCGCAUUCACGCAUCCCGCGACUUAUACGUGAAAUACUGUGGACCUUAUUCAGCGUGUUGCGUUUAACACAUCCUCGAACUGAGUGCACUAGUGUAUCGAUGAAGAUGUAGCUGCAUGCCAAGGCCGGUGCACUGAAAGACCCAUGCACAGAGGGCGUGACGAUAUUGGGGGUCUCCUCGGCUACUCGUGUUGACAGAAGUAUCAAAUACAGUAUCUAUUAUCUAUGACUUGCAAUGAGACUGUUAUACAGAUCCACGCCGGGUAACAUACACAAGUUUGUCAAAAGG